AUGAGGUACACCAUUGAAGUACAGGAAGCUCAACAACGUGCUGAAGUUGCUGAAAAAGAACGUCUGGAAAAUGAAAAACGACUUGCUGAAGAGAAAUCAAAUAUAGCUAAAGAAAUUAAUGAAUUACGACGUCGAGAAUUAAGUGAAUUUUAUGAAUUUAUUCAACCACGACAACAGCAAGUAACUGAAGUACGACAUAAACAACGUGAAGAAUAUAAAUGGAAACGUGUUAUGCAAUGUGAUGGUACACCUGAUCCAACAGUUUUACCUGAAAUAAAUACAUAUAUAUCAUUAUGGCAUGAUGAAAAAAAUCGAAUUGAUGUUGAAUAUACAAUGAAACAAACAAAUCUCGUUUUAUCUCUUAUUAAAGAAUUAAAUUCUGUUUCUAAUUCAAUUCCAAAUGAUUCAUUAGAACUACAACGUAUUCCAAUUUAUAAACAAACAAUUCAUAAACUUGAAGAUACAUUAAGUUUAAAAUGGCUUCAUACAGCUCAUUUUAUAAUGCUUAAAGCAAGUGAUUUACAAGAUUUAGAAACAAAUAAUUUUCAAUAUACAGCUGAAAAUGAAAAUGUUACUAUGUGUAUAUGGGCUAAUCUUAGUCAUAAUCCAAGAAUAAAAGGUUAUCAAUUUGCUAAAUAUCAUUUUGGUUUUGAUUUACCAAAACCAUUAUCAUUAGCUAAUAUAGCUAUAGUUGGAUUUUUUCUUAAAUAUGAUUAUUAUUCUGAACGUUCAUUACUAUCAAAAUGUCGUGUACAAAUAAAUGAUUAUACUUAUGAUCCAAUACCUGAACCAUAUGUUGAUGAAACAGAAAAACAACCAACAGAAAAUGAAGAUUCAGCUAAAGAUCAAUUUGAUGCUUCAUUACCACCGGAAUUAAGAAAAUUAAUGGAAGAAACAAAACAACGUGAAGAAGCAGCUGCAGCAGCAGCGGCUGCUGCUGAAGCUCAAGCUAAUAAAGAAAAUACAAUGACUGAUCGAUCUGCUACACAAGUAGCUUCAGAAGAAAUACAAGAUGAAAAAACUUUAACUCAAACAUCAUUAGAUAGAACAAAAUCAAGUGAUAAAUUAUUAAAUGCGACUGCUGAUCAAAUCUUAGAACAAUUAGCUGAUGAAUCUGUUAUUGAUCUUCGUUCGCAUUGCCCUAUGUCACCAUUACUUCAAAUAAAUCUUUACAAUAUUCCACCACAACCAAAAAAAGUACAAGAAUGGACAAUAAUGGAAGUUGAUAACAAGGAUAUUCUUGUUUCUUAUCCAUAUCCAUCUGAUCCAAUGAUUGCUGAACGAUUUUAUGAAGAAUAUGCUUCAAAUAAUAAACAUAAAACACCUGAAAUCGAUACAGGAAAAGGCAAAACAGAAGAAAAAAUUGAAGAAACAAUUGAUCUAUCUAUGACACUUGAUGCAACUAUGAUUGAAAAUAAUCCUGAAAUACGAAAAAUGUACUUAGAUGCUGCAAUCAAACAAGAAUCAGCAGUUGUAUUUAAAUAUAAAAUUCCAAAUGAUAUAUUUAUUACUGAAAAACCAUUACUUGCUCGAUGGAUUACAGAUCGAAAUCAUUGGAGACAAGAAGGUUAUGUUGAAUAUCAAUAUGCACCUGAUACUCGAAUAAUUUCAUUUAAAACAUAUGAUUUUGGUACAUAUGCAUUAUUAAACGAUCGUCAUGCCCAUAUGCCAUUUCAAUCAUGGCAUAUGAGACCUAAAUCUGCCAAUCAUUUACGUUUGGUAUUAAAUACCGCAUCAUUCGAAAUGACAUUUGAAGUUCAACGCAAAAAAAAAAAUACAAAAUAG